AUGGCAUAAUUAUUGGUAUUAAAGUCAGAAAGAAAAGAAAUUAAGUUCGAAGAGUAAGAUGAGAUGACAAACUCUAAGUCGCAAGGAAUUUGUGAUGAAGAUUGCCAUAUAGGAGAUAAAAUUAAGUAUUUUGAAUGUUAUAAUUCUGGUUAUUUGCGUUCUCCGAGUAAAAAAUAUGAUUAAAAUCACUAAAAAUAGAAACGUAAUUAGUAAGAAAAUGAAUAAACUCUUCAUGAAGAUGCGAAAUCUAAAGAAUCUGAAAAGGAAAGCUUUGAUUCUAUACCAUCACCUGAAAUUAUUAGGCAAUAAUCGCUUAGCCUUCCUCUCAGAUAAAACAAACAGCGUUUAAAUUCAAUGAAAGGCCUUACAGGCGAUGUUGAAAAUAAUAUUGAUGAAUAACAAGAACCAAAAAAUAUAGAAAAGGUUCAAUAUGAAGAAACAUCUGAGGAAAACAAAGGAUCGCAAAUACUAAAAGAAUAAAUAAAAAAUGAAGACAUUUAAGGCUACUAAGAAAGUGAGGAUGAAGCCAACUUUUAACUAGAUAAACAAAAAAAGAUUUAAAGUGCUCCUCCUAUCCAAAUUGUGAAAUCUAAAUCUCCUAGUUCUUUAACAAACAUACAAAAUUUUAAUUAAGAAUCUCCUGUCAUACGAAAUUCUAAAGUAGAAUUUUACUCAGACUGCAAGCCUAAAUAGAAACAAGAACCUGUUCAAAAUACAAAAUCAGCUAUGAAAGAAAUAACUAACUAUUAGAUGUAAUAGAGCUCAAAAGAAGAUAUUUUUGUAGAAUAAGAAAUCAAAAGAUAACCAUCAAGAAAAUUUUCUGUGAGAUAGAAAUAAGUCAGUGAAGAAUUUAUAAAAUUUAAUGUGGAAUGUUAACAACUAGAAAAUUUAGAUCAAAAAGAAUUGAAAAUGAUCAAUCAAAUGAAUGGCGAUGACUUACAAUGUGAAAUGCCAGAUUCUCUGUUUGUCUCUAAGAAAAUAUCUGCUAUUGAUGAAAUGAUUCCUCAAGAACCUGAUAAAAGCUCGAACAUGGAGAAGCUUCAAACUCAGAUGUCAAAAACUCAAUGUAAAAAAAACAUUGAUGAUAAAUUGUAGAAGAAUGUUGUCUGUCAGUACUAUGUAAAACCUUUGCUAAGAGCAGUAAACCUGGCUCUGAGAGACAAUAUCAGCUGCUUAUUCAGAGAACAUUUCCUUUCUUCUUUCUAAAGCUUUCACAUGAUGAACACAAUUCCUGUCUCAAGCUAGAAAGAAAUAGAUGAAAGAUGUAUUAUUAUGCCUCCCUUUGAAAUCAAAAAGAAAAAAACUCUUAUCUUAGAUCUUGAUGAGACCUUAAUUCAUUGCAAUGAGUCUUUGGAUAAUUCUAGCGAUUUCAUUUUGGACAUUUAAGCUGACUCAAAAGAAGUAGUUCAAGCUGGAAUUAAUGUUAGACCAUUUGCAAAAUAAUUCUUGGAGGAAAUGUCUCACUUGUACGAAAUAGUCAUCUUUACAGCUAGCAGAAGCGUUUAUGCAAAUGAAGUUAUUAACAAACUCGAUCCUCAGAACAAAUUCAUUUUUAAAAGACUCUUUAGGGAAAAUUGCAUUUACAAAAAUAGAAUCUACAUCAAAGACUUAAGAAUCUUCAAGAACAGGGACAUCAAAAAUUUAGUAAUAGUCGACAACUGCUGUCUCUCUUUUUGCCAUAACAUUUUAAAUGGAAUACCAAUUGUUCCUUUUUACGAUGAUAAAAGAGAUUAAGAACUAUUAGAAUUAUCCCAUUAUUUAAGGUAUUUGGCUUAAGUUGACGAUGUCCGUCCAGUAAUUAAAAAUAGCUUUAAAUUUAAGCAAUAUAAAAACUACUAAAGUCCCUCUGAGCUUAUCAGAGAAAUAUACUGA